UUUGCCAUGGCCGCCGCGUUCGUGCUCCGCGGCCUGUACCGAGCACGACCCGUGCUCCGCCGUUCGCCCGCGGAGCUGCUGUGGGCCCCACGGCGUGGCCACCGGCUCACGCCCGCCGACGACGAGCUGUAUCAGCGGACGCGCAUCACCCUGCUGCAGCGCGAGGCCCCGCACGCCAUGUACAUCGACAGCUACAACAGUCGCGGCUUCGUGGUCAGCGGAAACCGCGUGUUUGGGCCCUGUGCGCUGCUCCCGCACUCGGUGCUCCAGUGGAACGUAGGAUCCCACCAGGACAUCACAGAAGAAAGCUUCUCUCUCUUCUGGAUGCUGGAGCCCAGAAUAGAGAUUGUCGUGGUGGGCACUGGAGACCGGACUGAGCGGCUGCAGUCCCAGGUGCUGCGAGCCAUGAGGCAGCGGGGAAUCGCCGUGGAAGUGCAGGACACGCCCAAUGCUUGUGCCACUUUCAACUUCUUGUGUCAUGAAGGCCGAGUGACAGGAGCUGCUCUCAUUCCCCCACCUGGAGGGACUGUGCUCACAUCUCUGGCCCAAACUGCAGAGUGAAACAACAGGAACUAACCUGACCUUUCCAGUAGGCCCUGGCACCCUCUGCGGAGUGCAGGAGUCCCCAGCACUUUCACUAGCCCUUUCCCUGUAGCACUGGAACGCUUGUGUGGCUUACCAGCAAAGUGAUAAUCUAAUCCACUUCUGCCA